GAGAGGCCCGAGUACCGCCAAAAAAAAAAAGUGUACUAAACAGUUGACUGGGGAAAAUAUAACCAGGAGUGACUUUUUGACUCUUGUUUAGUGCUGUUUAAUUUUGAAGCAUCACAUGACGCUGAGAGAGGCAUACACGUGCCAGUCAGGGGUGUGAGCACUGGAUCCAGACGUCUGGGUUCAAAUCCUAUCUAUGCCUGCCUCUUCCUUAGCUCUGUAACCUUGGCCUGUUAAUAUCUUCUCUCUGUCCUUUACUUUUCAUCUAUAAAAUUGAAAAUAAUAAUAGUUUCUAUCUCUUAAGAUUACUGUAAAAAUUAACUAAGAAAACAUAUGCAAGUGCUUAGAACGCUGCCAAGUCCAUAGUAAGUGCUCAACACUGAUUGAUUACUCCCCACCCCUUCUCCCCAGAGCAUGUGUUUUUCCCAGUGCAGUAAAUGAAAAGUGCACAAGCUUUGGAUUUAGACAGAUAUGGAUUUGAAUUGCAGUUCUGCCACUUACUAUGUAUGGAAGCUUAGAAUACUGCUUACUCUCUCCACAUUCUGUUUCUUUCAUUCUUAAUAUAGGAGUAAUGACACCCACUUUAUGUGGUGAUACAUAGACUACAGGCUGUGGUUACAUAGGCUUGCAAGGCUAAGGUUCUUCCUUAGCCUUGCAAGGAAAAGAGAAUGAGAAUCUACCAUGUGGCAUGUGCCGAGUCAAAGGCUGGGGGUAGAGCGUGCAGAAGGGAACACAGACAUGAAACAUAAUUUAUGAUAACAUAGUUUGAGUAUUAUAGUAACAGCUCACACAUAUUGAGCAUUUACUACGUGCCAGGCGUUGUGCUUAGAGUUUUUCAUAUUUCAUUUCAAUUAGUCCUGAAAACAAACCUCUGAGGCACAUGCUAUUAGUAUUUUGAAGAUGUGGGAAUUGAGGCAGAAAGAGGCUAAAUAAAGGGAUUGGAACUCAGUCUGGUUUACAUUGUGACCUUGAGCUUAAUCACUAUGCUACACUGUGGAGAGCAAGUACAUAGGUCUGUAACAGGGUCUGUAACAAGACUUGAGGGACGUGGACUUGUAAGGGAUGGCAGACACGGAGGUGCUUGCAAAGGCUUCAAAGAGCAGACAGACUGGUAGGAGGCACCACCAGGACAGUAUGUUGUUCAGACAAAAAGGAAAGAAUGUUAUUCAAUGCUUAUAAAAGGGGUAUAUACUAAUGCUGGUAAAGACUAAUUUAAGUGAUGUAUUUUAAAAGUCUAUUAUUCGAAAUUAUUCGAAAAUAGCAGCUGUUUAAUAAAUGGUUGUGCUUAUUAUUAAUCAUGUUUAUUACUUUCUUGGUACAAAAGAUCAAAAUACCCAAAUAUGGAAUUAAAAGAAAGUCUAGCAAGAUUCUGUUCCUUCUUUCCAUGCUGUGCCAGUGAACCAAGAGAUUAUGACUGUGACAUUUAGAUUAUCUUUCAGUGAUCUGUCACGUGCAGAUAAAACUUCUUCAUAUACUUGGAAUUUUGACAGGCUCACAGAGGGAGUUGAAAAAGUGAUAAUAGGGCCCCAAGUCCCUUUCUGUACAGUCUUUGCUGUUAAGUGAGACAAGUGCAGCACAACCUGAGUUUCAGGCAUGAAGAGAAAAUUGUGACUUCUUUUCUUCCUUCAAGAUUGGCUCUAAAUGGCCUGAAGGGCAUAAACACACUCUGCUAACCCAUGAUCUUUAAAAUAUAGGCCUUGAGGUUUUAACGUGUGUUUCAGUGGCCCAAGCCAUGCUGUAUUUGCCUAGCAUUAAAUGUGGGAGAGAUGAUCCAUCUAAGUAAACUGAUCUCGGAGAGGCAGCAGUGAGUGGUGGCAUGAGGCAAGAUCUUAAUUCCCUGCCCAGGAAUUGAACCCGGGUAGCCUGGAAGAAAACCAGGAAUCCUAGCCACCAGACCCCCCUGGUUCUUGCCUCCUAGUAAAAAAUACAUUUCUCACGGAGGCAAAAACUAAAAACACGUACAAAGUUUAUUAUUGGAGACAUAGCACAGCAAGAAGUGGGAGAGCACACAGAGAAGCGGUUGGUUUAGUUAAGAUAGAAGCAAGGCAGAGAUGCACACCCAGAGAGAAAGGUGUGGGCCUCCUCCCUAAUGAGGAGGCAUGCAGGAAAGAGGCCGUUAAGUCAUCUAUAUAGGUCAGUUCUUCCGGGUCUUUGUUUAUCUUUGGCCAAUUAUCUGGUUUCUUUUUCCACACCUGCCCUAGGACUUUCCCCAACAUGUGUGCACAACUUUUUUCCAAGAUGGAUCACAGCCCAGAGGCCUAUGGGACGGCCUUAGCAUCACAAAUUAUGGGGUGGCGCCCCCUCCUUUUUGACCCCCAAGGAGCCUUUCUGCGCAUGUGCAAUGUUUCCCUUGCCCUAAGGAUGGGAAAUGUAUGACCUCCUGAUCUUUUAACAGGGUUUAGCCCCUCUCUAUCCCUGCCAUAAAAGUGUCCAAUGUCCAGUUAUCUACCCUAUUCCUGUUGCUAUUUCUUAUAUCGAAGUGCAGAUCUCGAAAUAUAGAGAGGAGUCCGGUCAUAAAUAUGUAGUCCGGAGCCCGUUUUUCUCUUGCCUCAGGAAGUGUAAACAGGGGGCUGGUAAUGAAAGUCCAGCCUGGAGCCCAUCUUCUCACCCCAGGAAGCGUGAACAGGCCAGGUGUAAAUGUCUGGCCUGGAGCCCAUCUAUCUCCUGCCUCAAAACCUUACAGAUAACUGAAAAUUAAUUAAUGGUUCAUUUUUAACCAUUUUUAACCUGAAAAUAUAGGAUUCAUUUUCUUUCCUUCUCUGGUAUAGUAUAUGCUCUAGAAAAUGGAGCUUUUGUAAAAGAAUAGUGGAAGAUAAAACAAGUAAGGCAGGACAGCAAUGCAUAUUACUAACGGAAUGAUGAGAUAUUUAUGUGGAUGGCUCAAAGGGCAAUUCUGCAUCACUCCAGCUUCUCAGACCUGUUUUAGUUAGUUGAAUUUGACAGAUACAUGCCUCUGGAUAAAUAAGGUAUUCUGGAUCAUGUAGACACUCAUUUCUUCUGAUGACACACAUUUUGCAAGUAUUGACAGUUUGGCUUCCAAAUGAUAACUUUGAAUAGCAAAGUAUUAAGAUUGUAUAUGCUAUGGACUGAAUGUUUUUGUCUCUCCCUUCCCCAUUCAUAUGUUGAAAUCCUAACCCCCAAUGUGAUUUGGAGGUGGAGGCUUUAGGCAGUAAUUAGGGUUAGAGGAGGUCAUGAGGGUGGGGGUCAUGAUGAGAUUAGUGUCCUUAUAAGAAGAGACUAGAGCUCUCUCUUCGCCCUGUGAAUAUACACCCAGAAGGUAGAUGGCUGCAAGCUGGGAAGCGACUUGCACCAGAAACUGAAUCUGCUGGCAGAUUGAUCUUGAACUUCCCACUCUCUAGAACUGUGAGAAAUAAAGGUCUGUUUUUGAAGCCACUUAGGUUAUGGUACUUUGUUAGAGCAAUUUAAACUAAGACAGUAUAGCAAUCAUCACAUGAUCUUAGCCUCGGCAAUCCUCUAUCCUAAGUAGUUGAACACAUUAGCUAUAGGCAAGAUAAGUUGUACACAGAUACACACGGAGGUAUACCUAAUUUCCUCCUUAGUUGCAUCUUUUUCCCUGUGUGAGUUUUGAAAUCUUUGUCUUACAUGUACGAACAAGUUUUCAGAGCCUCUUCUCUUGGAUUGUUCUCCAUUAUUUUCAAAUACAUUGAAUUCUUUAAAUACAUUUACUUAUUUUUUUCUUAGCAGUUUCUCCUGGAUAUUUUUCGAGAUGAAAUUUUCUAUUGUAAAUUAUGCAUUUUCCAAAUGUAAAGGAGCUGUAUCUAAUCAUUUGUCUUACAUUCAAACAAUACUUUACUGAUCUAAUAUUGAUGUAGGCCUUUGCUUAUUUUGCUAUAAGUCUUUCUUUUAAUGUUUGUAUUGUGUGUGGGGGUGUUGGCUAGGGUCCACAGUGUGUAUCUUUAACUUAUCACAGCCUUCCUUAAAAUAAUACACUUCCAACUGCUGCCUCUUGUCUUUUGUGCUAUUGUUAAAUCUAUGCUAUAAAUGCAUAAUUCAUUGCUACUAAUUGUGCUUUAAACCAGGACUCACAAGUCAUAACCCCCAAACCAAAUCCAGCCUGAGAGCUAAGAAUGUUUUUUUCAUUAUUUUAAAUGGUUGGAAAACUCAAAAAGAGAAAUAUUUUGUGACAGUGAAAUAUUUUAAUACAAUGAAAAUUGUAUUAAAUUCAGAUUUCCAUGUUUAUAAGUAAAGUUUUAUUGGAACAUAGCCAUGCUCAUUAAUUUACAUGUUAUCUAUGGCUGCUUUCAGGCUACUUUCAGGCUACAGUGGCAGAGGUGAGGAAUUUCAGAGACAGAGACCAUUUGGUCUGUAAAGCUUCAGCUAUUUACUCAGAUUCUUUACAGAAAACGCCUGCCAACCUCUGCUUUUAGAGCAUUAAAGAAAUAGAAAAGAGAGAAUGGCCUUUACGUUUGCAUUCAGUUGAACCAUCUGAGUUGCUUGACCCUCAGCUUGCAGUCUUCCUUGUACACCCGUGUCCCAGCUGAUUCUUGCUCUUUGCUCUUACAUUCCCACAGGGGUAGACUACUGUCGCUCCUUUCUUGGUACUUACUAGCCUGGUGGUGGGGGACAAAGGAGCUUCUCUGUUGUCCUGGCCCAGCCUUGGUCUCAGGAAGACCCUGUGCCUGAGCCUCAAGGAUGGGGCUUUCUCAAUGAUGCUGCCUCUUCCUGGUCUCCCAGACUAAACUCUGGCUUCAUCCUUGGAGGGUCUUGGUGGGAGAGCUCCCUGCCCCUCCCUCAGCGGUAGGGGGCCUCUAAUAGUAUUGGUAUUGGAUCCUGGAAUUAACACUGUUUCCUGCUUCCCUCUCCCUCCACCUUGGCAUACAGGUUUUUUCUUUUAUCUGUCUCCCAGUUGUAACAGGUUUUUACCUUUACUCUUAACUCUGACCCAUUCUUUCUCACGAGCUCCCAGUAAAAGUUUGUAAAAAUUGCCUGUCUUUGCCACUCCCAGAGGUUUUAUAUUGUCAUGCUAGCUCACAUUUGGACUUUCAUCAAUCAGUUAAACACUUUAGCUGAAUUCUUCUUCCCCAUUUGUAUGGCACUCUUCUGCCCGUGCUCUGCCACAGAUGAGUGAGCCUGUGCUGGGUGUGAGCCUGGCUCACCUCCCCUCUCUGCUUGGAUGGGUUUCUAUGCUCGUCAAGGUUCCUAUACUAUUACAGUUUUGCAAAGUUAACUUAUCCUAUGUGAGCUAAAAUUCACACUAACCUAAUUGAGUAAGAAAUUGUGUUCCCAGUUGGGAAGACAGGCUUUGAAAGCAUUUUUGCAGCCUGGUUAAUUUUUGGUAUUUAUCUGCACAUCUGAGUGACUGUUUGGUUAGGCAGACUGUCUUUAUGUUGUUGCUCAUAUUUCAAAUUAAAAUCCAAUUCAGAGACUAAUUUGAGUGAAUCUGUAAUAUGGCAGACUGAGCUAACACAGAACCUCUCCCAUUACAAAGAUCAAGAUGUGCUACAUAAAAUCUAACAAUUAAACUCUCUACAGCUUAGAAUGCAAGUGAGAAAGCAUUAUCUCCAGGUGCCAGGAAUGAAAGGGGAAGUGAAGGCUGGAAUGGCAGUGGUAUCACGCUGACAUCUUGGUACAAGUGGACGGAGGGAGAUGAAGGGGAUGCCAAGUGGUCCCAGACUGAGAAAUAAGCCCCAUGGCUGGGGGCAAAGCAGGAACUGAGGGUGACGUGUUAGAUCUUCAUUAUACCCAUACCCUAAACUGCAUUGCUUAGCUUGGAGUCUGAAUAUAUACCACUGAGCUGGUUCAGGAAACUUUUUCUCAAGGAACUUACAUAAAACGAGUCCUAGCCUAGGACAGACUAGAGGAAGUAAAAUGAAAGCACUCUUAAGAAGCAUUCAGCUACAUUACUGGUUUCUCAUAGAACAAACAAUCCCUGCCAAAGGUGAGCUCGCAAAUAAACAUUAGAAAUGAAUGAGAAGGAGGUAGAACAUUCGAGUGAGUCAGUGCUGACAACAAACCAGGGGGUUAGUGAGCCCUGUGUUUUGGGCAGAAGGAACAGAAAUUCAGAGAGAAGAAGGAAGAUAUGUCUGAAAAACUAAAAGAACUCGAUAUAGAAGAAAUCAGAAAGAGACUAUAAACAUAUUUAUAAUGAUUUUAAAAUGCACUUUAAAAAUAGAAACUAUAAGGAGAGAACAUGACACUGAAAAAAUAAGUAAAUUUGAAAAAGAUUCCUGAAAAAUAUGAGAAAAGAAUACUAAAAGCAGAUUUUUUAAAAAUAAAAUGACAUUAAAUUAUAUUAAAGUUUUGAAAAACUUGAAAACUUCUAUUUAUAAGACUUUUUUUGUUUUGUAUUCACAUACAGGAAAAUAAUUAGCACCAUUUUCACUUUAUCUGAUUCUAAGGGCUUAUAUUAGAAAUGACUGUGGAACCUGAAAGGAAGCUCUUCUUGGUUAAGUAUCAAAACAGCCAGGAACUGGGGAUGUUGCCAGAGCAAUUGAAUUACUGGAAAAACUGCAGGAAUCUGGAGAAGUACCAGUGCACAAGCUACAGUCCCUCAAAAAAGUGCUCCAGAGUGAGUUUUGUACUGCUAUUCGAGAGCCAGUUAUGGUGAAAAUAAUAGCUGUGCCAUUUCCACUUGGCAUGCAAUUGGGUGAAAACUAUGAUUGUUUCAGUGUAUCAAUAUAUGCAUGAAACGAUAACUGUUAAUGGCUGUCCUGAAUUCCGUGCCAGGGCCACAGCAAAGGCAACAGUUGCAGCUUUUGCAGCUAGUGAAGGCCAUUCCCACCCUCGGGUAGUCGAGCUGCCAAAAACGGAUGAAGGCCUUGGUUUUAAUGUGAUGGGAGGAAAGGAGCAAAAUUCCCCCAUUUAUAUCUCUCGCAUCAUUCCUGGAGGGGUGGCCGAAAGACACGGAGGCCUCAAGCGAGGAGACCAGCUACUAUCAGUGAAUGGAGUGAGUGUGGAAGGAGAACACCAUGAGAAAGCUGUGGAACUACUCAAGGCUGCUAAGGACAGCGUCAAGCUGGUGGUCCGAUACACCCCGAAAGUCUUGGAAGAAAUGGAGGCUCGCUUUGAAAAGCUACGGACAGCCCGGCGUCGGCAGCAGCAACAAUUGCUAAUUCAACAACAGCAACAGCAGCGGCAGCAACAAACACAGCAAAACCACAUGUCAUAGGUCCUUGAAGCUACUUGAUCAAACACCCAAUAGUCACAAGUUUGAAACCGUGCUUCAGAAUCCCAGCACAUAGUAAAGGAAAAGACAACACUGAUAAUUAUACCUGUCAAGAAACUGUGAACACGUGGUGUAUAAAUUCUUUACAAAGGCAACUCGACACCUUCUUUCUCUGGGGCUAAACCCCCGCUGCUCACGUGCUCUUUACACACACAGACCUUCCAUUCACUGCAGUGGGAAUUCUCAGUGUGUAAAGGGAGAGGUUUUCCAGUCUGCAGACUGAAACAGAAUAAGAAGAAUAAAGUCCAUGACUUUCAGAUAAAUCACCAGGGCCAGGGUUAAGUGAAUCUUGGGUCUAUAGCUUUUCCAGAGAAUAACAAAUCCCUCAUUAGGCUAUAGUUCAAACUGCAUCAGUUCAAGGUUGUCGCCACUUAAAAGAAACCUACACAUUGCCCCUCACCCAGACCUGUUCCACGUCUGUAUUGCUGAGUUGUCUGAAUUAGAAUUCCAGUUAAUUGCAAAUUCAACCUCUGUUCCCCUCUUGAAAAUGGCAAGUUAUUAUACUAUAUUUAUACUCAAUUCAGGUUCUAGAAGCAUUUGGCUUUUUAUUUUCUGUUUCCAUGAAUUUUAUUAUGCAUUAAUAGAGUGGGCAAUUUCAACUCAACUUUUAGUUAGUUAAAAGCAAGGAUAGAGAACUCUAGUGCUGUUUUUUGGUUUUUUUUUUUAAUUUAAGUCUUGCUUGUAUCUAUUCUUAUUAAUUCUAACAGAAUAUAAUGUCUUUUAUUCCACAAAAUAUAUAUUAUCAGAGUGUAUUUGUUACAAACUUAGGUCUUUUCUUACCAAGUGUUAUGAAUCUGGUAAGAGAAUACUAGCAAAGGACCCGGCUUCAUGAACUGAUCCUCGUAUGAUAUUUAUAUAUAACCCUGCUCUCAAUAUUUUUUGUUAAUUUUAUAUUUUUGAUUGAUAAACUGGAGAAAUUUAAACUCUUUUUACCUACACGGAUGUGCUGUCAUAGAAGUCUGUUUGAUAUUUCAAAGCUUAGGGCUUUACAAAACUAAAUUAUGGAUGUGCAUAUAUAUAUAUAUACAAAUAUAUGUCAUACAAAAUCUAGAUCAUUUUUCCCAAGUAUAAACUGGAUAUGUUUGGCAAUAUAAGAUCAAAAGUAUUAUUCCUCUUAAAAUUAGGCAUAUGGAAACCAGAGAUAUUAAUAUUGUGAAUGAAAAGAUAUUGCUGCUUCUAGGGUAAAAACAUACCUACUUCAUUACACAUAUUCAUGUACGUAAAUAGUGAGAUAUCUUUCAGAAAGUAUCAUUUACUAUAAAAUGAUCUGUUAAAAUCAUCUAUACUGAUCAUAACUUUUAACUUAUGGUGAAUCUAGGCACAUAAGUCUGAUUUUACUUUAUGGAAUUAGCAGGAAGCAAUAAUUAUUUGGGCACUUAAAUACCUUAGCCACACAAAUGUACCUGAAGAAAGAAUAAAUGUCCAGUUGAAACAUUCUAGAGAGAUCAUUAAAACUUGAGGCAAAUAUUUGAAUAUUCCGUUUUCUCAAAUGAAGAAACUGAUUCCCCAAGAGACAAUAAAUUUCACAUUUCAGAUAGUCCCUCAAAUUAGAAAUUUAUGAAGCUCAGUUUAGGAACUGUUUUCUUGAAAAUAAAACCAAUUGGAACUACCCCACAUGUUUCAUUUUGCCCUGUCGGGUGGUGUUAUUGUCAAUACCAAGUUCUGCCUACUCUUCAUAGCCCAUCACUCAACAGAGGACAAACAGUAAGGAAACCAGGAGGUGCACCUAUUUCAGCAAUGUCCUGCCGUGGUAACAGAUUCCCAUUCUUGAACACGUAUCAUUUUUUACUAGAGAGAACUGGGGUGGGGGUGGAGCAAGGGUGAGGACCCUGAAUGUUAUGUAAAAUAGGGUUACAAAAGAGGUAAGCAUGACUAAGGGAAUGAAUGAAGAAUACAGGAGUAUUAUUCAGUUUGAAAGAGGUAGUUCCCAUUUUUAUAAGAAAAAUUUAAUAAAACAUAUAUUUUAGUUAUCAUUUAACAGAAAAAUAUUCAAGCUAUUCAGGCUAUACCACAGACUGUCAUAAAGGGAAAUCAUUGCACCCUUGUGAUGAGGAAAUGGUCAUUUCAACACAUCUCAGUACACUGUAUAAAUUUGGAGCUUAAGGUAUGUUUUCGUUUAGCUGUAAGUGGUUGGUUACUAUUAAGUUAUCAUAUGUUUUCAUGUCAAUAUAAAUAUUGUCAUGGUGUUACAGAAGCAACUGUCAAAUGGGCAGACAGCUUACAUUUGUGUUUUCUGGAAACCUUUGUAUUUUAUGCUUCAUUUGCAUAAUGUUUUGUGCUAAUAAAUGUAUGCCAAGUCGUUUGUCCAAGUGAAGGGGCAAUCCAUCACACCUAAGGCAUCUAAGGACAGAUUACAUGUCACACUAGUCCUGUUUACAAAUGACCAGUCAGAUGACCAGUUUUCUUCAGUAAAAUCUAGUUGUUGAAAUGUAAGCCUUCCCCUAAAGUCUUCGUCAAAAGUAGCUACUUUCGUCAAAAGUAGCCAGUAGACUUAGAGAGGCUGCUUGUGGUUGUCUAAAGGUUCACUGAAGCCAGAGGGAAAAGGAAGAAAGUUACCACAACUUGUAUUAAUGCCUUUUAUUAUUACUGAUCAUAUUAGAGCCACUGACAAGUCCAAAAUCAUAUUAAAAUAAAGAUAUAUCAUGUUGCUCUUACAUGAAGCUUUAUGGUAAACAAAUGAGAUAUUAAAAGUUGGGGAAAAAUCUGUUGUGACUAUUCAUCAGUGAUCCUGCUGAAUUUUAAUUCUUUCCCUUGACCUAAUUGGUGGCCAGAUUUUUCUAAACUCAAUCCUGCUGAAUUUUAUUUCUUUCCCUUGACCUAAUUGGUGGCCAGAUUUUUCUAAACUCUUUCCUGCUGUGAUUUUGAAGGCAAAAUACACAGCAUAGUUCAGUAAAAGAAUCCUUAAACCUUUUCACUGAGGCAUUUACAUUUUGAUUCUGUUGCCAUUUGAAAUAGAACCUCCACAGGGAGAUAAUGAGCUUAAAUUACAAUUGACUUUGGAAAGAAUAACAGAUUUUGUGCUUCCUCAAUCAUGUAAUCAAUAGGGAAUUCUCUAGUUAUGUGAACUACGACUAUCUUUUAAGACAAUGCUAAGAUCUUAAUACAAAAUCUGUCAUUCAGGAGCUUUUUAAGAAUUCAAGGCUGUCUCUGAAGAACUUGGCUGGAGAUGGAUUAUACCAAUUUACGAAUGCAGUUUUCAACCAUGACAAAUCAAACUGAUCUGAUCUCAGUUCAUUUUACUCAACUGUGCCCAUAGGACUCUGAGACGUUGGAAUACUUUGUCUACAUUAUUUUUAACAUCUAUAGAUACUUGUGGAUGUGUGAAUAAUGCUUGAAUUUCUCAUCUUUUGGCUAGUUUGUGUUUAUCACACAGACACAGCCUGUUAGUAAGACCAGCUUUAACAGCAUCAUGAAGUAGAAAUCAAUGCUCUGAAGAUUCAGGGAGGCCAACCUAAGGCAAAAUCUCCUGAAACAUGGGGUAGUCCUACCCAUCUCAUCCCUCUCUAGAUCAUAAAAUCCCUGAGAAAGGGCUAUAACCGCCUUGUGGACUGCAGUAUCCCUAGCAUCUGGGAUAAUGCCAGCACAGUAGAGGCGCUCAAUUAAUAUUUGUUGAAUGAAUGGACAACUAAAUAAAUGAAUGAAAUUAGACAAAAAAAAUGAAUUUUGCCUUCUGAUAAUUUGAAAAAUUUCACCAAUUUAUAUUAUCCUGAUUGGCAUUAUAAUUUCUGAAUUACAUAAUUAGAACCAGAAUUGACUCUUUAUAAAUACUUUUUAGAUAUAUGAAUUUGGAAUCAAUUACUUCAAAGGCUUCAAGGGUUUGAGAACACUUAGAUAGGAAUGUUUGCGGAUUCAGAGUUUUUACAAUGAAUAAAACUCAACCUUUCUAGCUAUUUAUGAAAGGUCCCUGAGUUAUAUGACAAGGAUGAUCCAAACAUGGAACUCCAUUUAUAAAUUUUGUAAAAUAUUUUCAUUUUUAAAAAAGAAAAUUCAUAUCAUCAAGCAUAUUAUUAAUAUGUCCUUCAAUAUAUAUUAACCACUUUUCUCUAAGGCUUUCAUUGUAAUUGGAGACACCAUCUCUAAAUCUUUUCCUGCUUUCAAAAGAUCACUUCUCCUUUCUUAUUUGACUCUUAGAAUGUACCUGAGCUAAAGAUUAAUCACAUAGCAAUUAAGACUUUUCCAUGUGUUUAUUCAUCUAACAAAUAUUUAUUGUAUACCUAGCAUAUGCUACGUUUCGGAAAUACAAUGGCAAACAAGGCAGAUGCGGCACCCCCAUGGAGUUUGCUGUGAGGGGCUCCUCAACACUUGCUCUAGCAAUAACUAGGGUUACUGUCUAAUGGAUCCUUCUUCACAGCUAAUAGAAGAAAUGAAAUCCCUUACUCCAUGGAGAUCAUGAAAGACUCUGCACAUAUUUAUGUGAACUUGCUUUUCUAAACACACCACUCAAAAAUGCUGCUCAGUGUACCCAAACAUCAUAGUUAUACCCCAGUGAGGUAGGUAAUAAUUUAUUCAUAACUAACACUUAUUUAGCUCUUACUCCUACCAGUGAGGUAGGUAAUAAUUUAUUCGUAACUAACACUUAUUUAGCUCUUACUACUAUGCUCAGUACAUUCAUAGACUAUAUCAUUGAAUCCCUUCAACAACUCUAUUUAGUAGGUUCCAUUUUAUAGACAAGAAAACUGAAGCACAGAUAUGUGACCUGUCCAAGGUCACACAGUUAGCAGAUGGAACUGGGAUUUGAACCUACACAGUAUAACACAAAAGCUCAUGUGUCUAAGCGUUAUCUGUGGCUUGGGGGACACCAUUACAUUAAAAUAAAUGUCAGUAACAUAAAUGGGUCACUGUAUAUAAAAGUUCUUUGAAAUUGUAAAGUAGUAUAUAAAAAGAUAUUAGUAAAGUAUUAUGAUCAACAAACCACAUCAGUGGCAGAAACAGAGUGAGAACUCAAUCUUAAGUUGCAGCUUACUCUCAUGAAGAACACUUCAAGCCAGGGAAAUGGAUAAAAGUACAGAUCCAGAAAAUUUCUGACAUGUGAUAACUAUUGCAAUGACUUUUGAGAAUUACUUAUUGUUAGCCACUGUGUCUAUUUGGUGCUACAAAAAAACAAAAAAAAAACAAAAAAACUGAAAGAACAAAAU